UUCGUGGAAAACUGUAAAAAAGUCCGUGUUGUUUAAGAAAAGAUUAUAAAACGAUUUAUAUCAGGACGACCGAGUGCGAAUAUAAUCCCCAUAAGAGCCGGUGGAACUCUCGGAAACCGGUAAAAUCCGAAAAGCAUCCUCCCGAAACGUCAGUGGUGACCACUUUUGUUAGAUAACUCGAGCCAAAAUGAAUGUGUUCGCUAGAACUAUUUCCCAAAAUCUUCUCCGAUACCACCGGACCGGGCUAGUACAGGCGGCAGUAGGCCGCAGCUUCAGCGCCAGUGCCCUCGAUAGCAAGGAAAUAGAGAAGCUGGUCAACAACAACAAGGUAGUCGUGUUUAUGAAAGGAAACCCGGAGGCACCGCGAUGCGGAUUCAGCAAUGCCGUCGUCCAGAUUCUUCGCAUGCAUUCUGUAAAUUACGACAGUCACGAUGUCCUGCUCAGUGACGAACUUCGGCAAGGCAUUAAGGAUUUCUCCAACUGGCCCACAAUACCACAAGUGUUUAUCAACGGAGAGUUCGUGGGCGGUUGCGACAUCCUGCUGCAGAUGCACCAAAACGGAGAGCUGAUCGAAGAGCUCAAGAAGAUCGGCAUUGAGAGCGCACUGGUGAAAGAGGGCGAGAAGUAGAACCCUUUAGCACACGAUGGAGCACCUCACAUGUUCCUGGGAUACCGGACUACCUGUAAGAUUAGAAUUGGUUAAAUAAAAAAAUCAACUUGCUGGUCAUCACAUGUGGGCUACGUGCAACGACGCGGAACCACGCCGCAUGCCGUCGAUUGCAAUCGGUGGUGCAAUAGCUACAAUGUGUUCUUGCAAAUACCCUCCAGCUCAGCGUCGAAAGUAGCAUUUAAAAUUAAAUUUGUUUAACCAAAACCCUCGGACUGCAACAAAUAAAUAGAGUGUUUUAGAUUUAAAAAGCGAAAAGUAUCGAAUGCCGGUCGUACAUCAG